ACGUGCGGACGUCUGAACUUCGCGUAAUUUGUUUGUGUAGUGUAUACAAAGAAAACAGGAGAGGAAAACCCGAAUUUUCCAUUUUCGCGUUCUUGCCAGUGCCGCGAGGGUGCAAAACAAGUCCGUAAUCACCGCCAGUGAAGCAGGCCCUGUGUUCCCGUAGAUUGUAUGUGUAUACACACUGCAAGGGCGCGUCCGCGUCUUUUUGUUCCUUUUCCUUCAUGUGUUUGUGAGUCUGAUGUCGUGUCUGUGUCUCGCCCCUCGGUCAAAUAAAAGCGAGCGGAGAGCCCGUGCGCCAGUUAAAGUCGAUGUACAGCAUAUUUAUAUUUAAGAGGCACCCGAGAUCGGCGAGGAAUCAAGCAGUAUGCUGCUAAAAUAUUGAAACAAGUGUCGUCGAAUUGUGAUUUCUCGGCGAGUCAAUUUUCGCACGCACACUUAGCCAGAGUUGCUCGCAACCACAUACGCGCACGCACACAAGCGGAGAACCAAACGAGAUUUUGCAAGUCGCGUCUGUGAGUAGUGGUGGCUAUAGUUGUGUUGGUGCUUGUGCAACUACAAAAUUCAAUUGUUUAUGGCUAGGCAUAACUGGGACCAUGUACGCCGUACGCCGCACCCCGCACCACCAAACAAAACUGCAAAGCAAACCGAGAGUGUGUAGACUCAGCAAGUGAGCAAUAAUAGGUAGCAUUUCCACUUGCCACAGUGUCGGCCGCUGUUUGUGAUUUCCAACGCGCAGAGCAGUGAAAGUGGCUGACCCUACUUAUCUUCGCUAAUUGUCAUCGAGACUUCGAUACCCAGUACCCAGUGGAUUACAUCGGUCUUUCGCCUCGCCGACUGAAAAAAAAUAUACUAGCGUGCAAAGGCAAACUCUGACUAUAGCCGAGAAUCGGACAAAUGACUCUAAACUAAACACUUCACAUGAGAGUCCAUAGCCGAGCAAUGGAACACGAAAAAUAUUCCAAGGUUGUGCCACAAAGAACUGCGUAUACAGCCAAUUAAGUCGUCUCAAUAACCGAGAGAAGCCAAAAGUUAAAACCCUUUCUACAUCGCUCCCCGCACCGAAAGCGAAAUGAACUCCGUCAUAUCAGCAUUUAAGGGUAAAAAGAGCAGCGCUGCCAACGGCACUGCUUCCGGAGAGACCAAACAGAACCAUGGCGGAGGUCUCCUCAGCAUAUCCAGCGUCGGCGGCGGCGUGGCCAAGAAAAAGCCAGUGGCCCAGAACAGUGGCUACCAGUACCUGCGGCACAUACGCGAGAUCGAAACCGCCAACAAGCUGCUUUCCCCCGCCGUGGUUGUCGCGGAGGACAGGUCAGACGGCAAGUCCGGUUCUGCGCCGACAGCGGCAGCCGGAGUCGACAUGGUGGACCACGUCUGUCUGCCCGCUACGAUACGACUGACCAGUGCGGAAACCUUGUCCGACUUAAACAUGAACGGAAAGACCGUUAGAGCCGUGGGUUCUGCCACAGCAUUUGGCGACAAUGCAAACCUGGAAACGGCUGACACCUGGAAUAGCCCGCUGCCAGUUACGACAACGGACGAAGAUGACCUCUCCGAGCAUUCGAAUGCCGCCUGCACCAGCACCAGUAGCUCCAGCGAACACAGCAACAGCACGGUGGUGCACAGUCCCACUGUGGCGGAAAGCACAUCUGCCUCAGCAUCGGCAUCUGCCUCAGUCAGACAUCCCAGUCCCAGCUUGAGUCAGCACAGCCAGUCGUCGCUGGCCAUUACCUGUGAGCCGCACUCGACCUCCACAACCACUUUGUCUUCGCUGGGCUCAGACCUGGGCAACGGAAACGGAAAUACCAUACCCGCUUUUCUAAUAGCCGCGAGGCCAGUUACCCUGCCCAUUGGCGGGCAAAUGCCAUCGGCCACGGUGCAGCCGGGAGCUUGCUCCGCGGCCAGUACGCCCAAACACUCACGCUACUCCAAGCCCCGACUCAGCCUGAGCCGCGUCUUGAACCAUUGCUCCAUGCCCUCGGUGCACGGAAGGUCAAAUCUCAGUGUGACGCAGUCGGGCGAAGGAGUGUUAGCUGCCAACCCGGGAACUGUUGCGAAUACCCCAAAACGUAUUUCUACGCACCAAAGAAACUUGAGUUUGGAUUUCAGAUCCAUGGGCAUACUGCUGCCCCCAGUAUCACAGGUGACCAAUACUCGCAUCAAUCACACGCAGCACCACCGCAAUCGCAGCCUCGACAGUGCCCUGCAACGCAUUCCGGAGGUUGAAGUGUCUUCACCAAAUGCCGAAAACGAGAACACGUUCUGCUCCCCGUCCAUUCUCGGUGCGAAUAUGUGCUCAAAGAUUGCCACGACCGCGGCGAGUGUAACGGCAGCUCUGUCCCCGCCCCCCACGCCGGCCUUGAUGUCCGUGGCCACUUCGACGGCAACUCCGCCCCCGACUUCGGGCGCCAGGGGAAACACGCAGCAUACAGUGCCGAAGCUUCAGCAGUCGAUUUGUUUGACAGCAGCUUGUAGGUCCACUGCCGUCGGGGAGUCCUGUCCAACACUGCGGGUACGGCGCAAAUCCAGCGAGUCGGUUGCGGCCAAUGGACAGGAAAUGAUCGAGACUAUAGUCAGCGGCACCGGGAACGCCGGUGGCAGCAGCAACAACAGCUGCAGCAGCGCUGGCAGCAGCAAAAAGCGGGAAGAUCUCACUAGUCUGGGGUCGGAUGACUCCGGCAUCAUCUGUGGCUCAGAGUCGGACCAAAUAUCCCUUAAUCGCAUAUGCCAUUCACAUGAAUCGCUCGAUUCGGGUGAGAUGGAUGCGGACGGCGAUGCGGAUGCCGAUGCAGAGGAGUGCGUUGACCUCAUGGAGACGACGUCCAUCGACGAGGAGUAUAUUAUGAUGCAACCGGACCAUCUCUGCUUCUAUCCCCCACACGCCGCUACCAACGAACUGGAUUGCCGCACCCUGCGUCCUUCUCGCAAACAGAAGCGGCAGCAGCAGCGGGCCCUGGAGCAGGGCAAUCUACUGGCCCAGGCUCCGCACAAAGAUGGGCACACUAUGGAUGCUGACGUCGAUGCCCGAACAAGGUACCGCGUUAUGAACAUGUCCCAGGCAGCCAUCAAUGUUGAGCUUGGCGCAGCUCCCAAUGAAAUUGAACCAGUGGUGUACGACAAAAAGUCUUUCCAAGAUCACAUAGAGGAUGCGGAUUUACCGAAUCCAGCCGAGGCAUCAUCGCCACCAUCCCUGCCCCUACCAAGUGCUGCGGCAACGGCCCCAGCAACGCCAUUGGCAACCCCCACGCCAACUGCCACGCCCACACCAACGGAGAGCACCAAGAACGACCAGGUUCUGUUCAAGAACUUCUUCGGGGCCACCAAGAAUGCUAUCUUCCGCACCGCCCAAAGCAUUAUUGAAAACCACGAGAAAAAGAACGCUGCCAAGCAGAAAGAGCAGCCCGAUCACUCUACUGCGGUGCCUUUAGUAAGUUCGCCAAGCGGUGGUAGUACAUCGCCACAGGACCAGGUCAAGUCGCCUACUGACAUUUCCAAAAAGAAGGAAUUUUUCAGUCUGCUUACGUCGAAUUCCAGCAAAAAGGCCGCGGCUGCUGCGGCAGCGGCUGCAGCGAACUCAGCUGCCAACACUCCUAUCGUCUCGCCCACGGAAUGUCAAGCUCCAACAGCAGACUACAAGAUUCAACAACUGUACGACACAACUGCCGAUUCAAGGGUGAAGGAGCGUACGCUCAACUUGCGCCUUCCCGGAGCAGAUAGUGAAGUCAUCGAAGGAGCACUGGAAAAGUCUUCAUCAUUUAACUCGCUACACAAACUAAAACUCCCUGUUCCCGGUGUUGUUAAGUACUUCAUCAGUGAACGAGCACCGGUGUCGGACUUGCUGCAAAAGCCGGAAAAAGGUCAGAGUGGCCUGUUGCGUUUCUUCGAGUCGCCAGUCUUCAACAUACAUUUCGCUGUGCAUUACCUCUUUUACUCGAAAGAACCGGGAGUGCUUAGCUUUAUCGGCAAUAAGAUCUUCAGCUUUCCCGACCAGGAGGUCGAUCUAUACAUACCACAACUGAUUGUCAUGUACAUCCAGAUGGAUGAACUAGCCGAGGUUCUGGAUCCGUAUCUGACCAUUCGCUGUCGCAAGUCUGUGGACUUCUCACUCAAAUGUCUGUGGCUACUGGAGGCCUACAACUACCAGGUGGACUCCCUGGGAAACUCGCACAGCAGCUCCCGGAAAUCUAAGCUGGCGCUCAUGAAGGAAAUAUUCUCAAAAAAGGAGCAGAAGCAGGCUCAGAACGAAGACAAGUCUUCUGGCACGGCAGGCGUCGGGGAGCCAAGGUCGAUAGUGGCCUUUGCCAAGAAGACACACCACCGCUCACAAUCCGAUGCCACAGUGCUGCUAGCCGACUCCCGCUCACCUCACACAUUAAGCAUAUCUCACCGUAUGUACCAGCAACCGCCCUACACUACGCAAACGCUUCCCACAACUCCCGCCAAACUUUGUCUCGGUGACUUAUCCUCGGGACACGCCUUCGACAACGGCUGCACCUGCUUCGAGACGGUGCGAGGACAAGUGAACGGACUGCUCGGACAGAGGACGCUUUGCAGCUGCGGAGCUCCAAAGACCGCGCCCCAAAAGGAGUUCAUGAAGGCACUGAUGAACGUGGGUAAAAAACUCACUUCAUUGCCUUCUAAAGCGGAGAAGACCUCGGCCCUGCGGAUGUUCCUCAACUUAAUCAACAAGAACCUGCCCGCCCGAGUUUGGUUGCCGCUCUACUCGGACAUUCCGCACCACGUCGUUCGAAUUACGGAGGAAAAGACCGCUGUACUCAACUCAAAGGACAAGACCCCUUACAUCAUCUAUGUGGAAGUGGUCGAAAUUCCUGACAUCUACACAUCUCCCUUGAUACCCAAGAUGAUGCCCUCGCUGCGGCAUACAAAGAGUGAAGAGCACCUGGAAGGGUCCUGCCUAAAUUCGCACCAGCACCUGAGCUGUAGCCGUACUUCCAGCUGCAGCAGUAGUCAGCAGGGCUCGAGCUGCCGGCGAAAGAAGGGCACAGAUGUGGAUGGCGGUUGCGGCGACUCUGGCUCUGGUCCACACACGUGCUACGGCAACGUGAUUUCCCUGGGCGGUCUUCAGCUCCAAGAGGAUGACGUAUGGUCGAAGGAGGACGAUGAGAUUACGGCGCAGUACCUUAACAUGCGAAAAAUGAGCGAGCGAGACACCAUUUCACAGAUGUCGCUGGACUCUUGCGAUUCACGGGACCAAAGCCCACCAAUCGUCUUCAACAUUGGAGACGUGCGCUUGCGUCACUGCAGCAACUUAAGCUGCGAGAACACAAAAUCAUUCAGCAACGACCCAGAAGAUCCGUCGGCAGCGGCCCUAAAGGAACCAUGGCACGAAAAGGAAAAGCUUAUUCGCGAAUCUUCGCCGUAUGGCCAUCUAUCGAACUGGCGGCUGCUUUCUGCCAUUGUCAAGUGUGGCGAUGAUUUACGACAGGAACUUAUGGCCACCCAACUGUUACAGAUGUUUAAAAUUAUCUGGCAAGAAGAAAAAGUAGAUCUGUGGGUGCGCCCUUACAAAAUCGUCUGCCUUUCAAAUGACAGUGGUCUUAUUGAGCCCAUCCUCAACACUGUCUCCCUGCACCAGAUCAAGAAGAACUCAAACAAAUCAUUGAGAGAUUAUUUUAUCGACGAGUACGGUGCACCCAACGCAGAGAGUUUCCGCCGAGCGCAAAAGAAUUUCGUUCAAAGCUGUGCAGCCUACUGUCUAAUUUCGUAUUUGCUGCAAGUCAAGGACAGGCAUAAUGGCAAUAUACUCUUCCAUUCGGAUGGGCACAUUAUACACAUUGACUUCGGAUUUAUUCUGAGUAUAUCUCCCAAAAACUUGGGAUUUGAACAAUCUCCAUUUAAGCUUACUCCGGAAUUUGUGGAAGUCAUGGGAGGCACCAGCUCGGAGCAUUGGCGUGAAUUUAAUAGGCUCUUGCUAGUGGGGAUGAUGACCGCCCGAAAGCAUAUGGAUCGAAUUAUUAACUUUGUGGAAAUCAUGCGCAGCAAUGCUCAUUUGCCGUGCUUUAAAAAUGGAUGCUCCGGAACUGUACAGAAUCUCCGCAAACGCUUUCAUAUGAAUUUAACCGAGCAAGAAAUGGAACGAAAAGUUGAGCAGCUUGUACAGGACUCGUUGAAAAGUCUGUCAACCAAACUGUACGAUGGUUAUCAGUACUACACGAAUGGCAUAUUGUGAGAACGGUUUUUUAUGAGGAUCUAAGUGCGUUAUAACAAUUAGCAGAUAGAAAAUGCCAAGCUGGUAACCAAAACUAUGGACUGACUUUUUUGUAAAGGAACUAUUGUAUAUUAUAAAAUAUGUUAUUAUCAGCGACAAAAAAAAAACAAAAAGAAUGAAAUUGUACCAAACCUAAAUUUGUUAUCGUAGCUUAAAUCAUUCGUUGUAUGCGUUUGCAUUGUUAAAUUAGCAUAAUGUGUAUGUUGUCUAGCUUUUAAGGAAAAGUGUAAAUGUUUUGAAUGUAGUAUAAGAUUGUCUGAAUGAGAACGCUAGUGUGGCCUGUUAUUCCAUUUUGAAGUUCAUUAUUUAGUACUUGUACAAACAUUUAAACAAAUUUUCAAUAACCAGGCUUACAAUACGAGAUCUUGUUUGAUUUCUGCGCUAUUCUGUUCAUCCUAAUCUAAAUUUUAUACUUUGGCCCUUUUGCAAUUCAAAGGUAUGCAUGUUAAAUCAUCUAAUUCCAAUUCUUAGUGAUAAGUGUAAAGUUAAACACUAAUGCCACUUUGCUGCAGCUUACAGUUUCAAUACAGCAAUAUAAUAUUUAAGAAAAUCCAUUUAAUUAUCAUACUUUAUAUAAUUUUAAUAAGAAUUUGCCACGAGUACAUACAGAAAUAAAUGAAAACUUUAAACCGCGGUCGACUUUGUAUGUAGUUGCCAUUUAAACAAUAAUUAAAUCCUAAUUAUUUGCUAACUUAAUAUACUAAGCUAUUGCGGCAAAUAACGAAAAUCAAAGCAUACGAAAAAGUACUAAAACAAAUAGCUAGGCACUGAAAGUGAACAAUUUCAAGUUUGUAAAAUAAAAUGAGCAGCACUAUUAAAAAAGUUAAGAUGCACGCAAACAUUAGCUACGUUUGUUAAAAAUUGUAAAUGAAUAUUUAUACAAUUUAUUAAAUAAUGCGACUAAAAUAAAUAAGCAUAUGGAUAUACGCAAAAUAUAAGAAAACGAAAUAUAUUCAGAAUAUUACGGCCAAUCUACGACCCAUAACCAAAACAAAUUCCGUUUCGGACUCAUAGACUAUACUUUCGAUCACACUCA